GAUAUGGUGCGUCCCCUCCCCUCUCUCCCUCCCUCCCUCGCCGGCCGCCGCCUCUCGCCCCCCUCGGUCGCGGCCGCCGGCCGCCGAUUGCGCCCGUCCCGCGUUUUCCCGCUCGGUCCGGGGCGUUUCCGGACGCGCCCGUCCGAUCCGCUCCCAAUGCGGCGGGUUCCCCGUCGCCUCGAUCUCCUCUGACGCUCCUCUGCUCCCCUGUCCCCGCCGCAGGAUGGCCGCCACGCUCCACGCCAAGAUCAACCGCAAGCGCCUCGACAAGCUCGACAUCAUCAAAAUCUGCGAGGAGAUCCUGAACCCGUCGGUGCACAUGGCGCUCAGGCUCUCCGGGAUCCUCAUGGGCGGCGUGGUGAUCGUGUACGAGAGGAAGGUGAAGCUUCUCUACGAUGAUGUGUCCCGUCUUCUGAUUGAGAUCAACGAGGCAUGGAAGAUCAGGCCGGCCGUGGACCACACCGUCCUCCCCAAGGGCAAGGCUCAAGCCAAGUAUGAAGCAGUAACACUGCCAGAGAACGCGGUGGAUAUGGAGGUGGAGCAGCCCGUGUUUUUCACAGAUACUGAUACUACUAGGUUCCGCGGAAUGGUAAUCGUUGUCAUCUGUGUAUUCUGGAAGUUGAAACUGUGUUAGUCUAUUGUAUUCGGAGACUAAUAUGAUGAAUUGUAUUCAAAGA